AUGAACAAGAAGAAAGAAACCGUUCCUGGGCAUGCCGGCCCCGCUGGGAUAUGUGCCGGGACUGGGGAGAGGUGCCACAGGUUUCACCACUCGUUCUGAUAUUGGUCCGGCCCGUGAUGCCAAUGAUCCAGUGGACGAUCGCCAUGCCCCACCAGGAAAAAGGACAGUUGGGGACCAGAUGAAAAAGAAUCAGGCUGAUGAUGACGAUGAAGAUUUGAAUGACACCAAUUAUGAUGAGUUUAAUGGCUAUGCUGGUAGUUUGUUCUCCAGCGGCCCAUACGAGAAGGAUGAUGAAGAGGCGGACGCCAUCUAUGCUGCACUGGACAAAAGAAUGGAUGAAAGACGGAAAGAGAGAAGAGAACAGAGAGAGAAAGAGGAAAUUGAAAAAUAUCGUAUGGAGAGACCCAAAAUCCAGCAGCAGUUUUCGGAUUUAAAGAGGAAAUUAGCUGAAGUGACAGAGGAAGAGUGGCUGAGCAUCCCUGAGGUUGGCGACGCCCGGAAUAAGCGCCAACGAAAUCCUCGCCAUGAGAAACUCACUCCAGUCCCCGACAGUUUCUUUGCCAAACAUUUGCAGACGGGGGAGAACCACUCAACUGUUGAUCCACGACAGACGCAAUUUGGGGGGUUGAACACCCCUUUCCCAGGUGGCCUGAACACCCCGUACCCAGGAGGAAUGACACCAGGCCUAAUGACACCCGGCUCUGGAGAACUGGACAUGAGGAAAAUCGGACAGGCCAGAAAUACCCUGAUGGACAUGAGGCUGAGCCAGGUGUCAGACUCUGUGAGUGGCCAAACUGUGGUUGAUCCCAAAGGUUACCUGACUGAUCUGAACUCUAUGAUCCCUACCCACGGAGGAGACAUCAAUGAUAUUAAGAAAGCUCGUCUGCUGCUGAAGUCUGUGCGAGAAACCAACCCUCACCACCCACCUGCCUGGAUUGCGUCUGCCCGUCUGGAAGAAGUUACUGGCAAGCUACAAGUCGCUCGCAAUCUCAUCAUGAAAGGAACAGAAAUGUGUCCCAAGAGUGAAGACGUAUGGCUGGAAGCAGCCCGUCUCCAGCCAGGAGACACAGCAAAGGCUGUGGUGGCCCAGGCCAUUUGUCACCUUCCACAGUCUGUCCGUAUCUAUAUCCGAGCUGCUGAGCUGGAAACUGACCUUCGAGCCAAAAAGCGGGUGCUGCGGAAAGCUCUGGAGCAUGUUCCAAACUCAGUCCGCCUGUGGAAGGCUGCUGUGGAACUGGAGGAGCCUGAGGACGCCAGGAUCAUGCUGAGCCGUGCUGUGGAAUGCUGCCCCACUAGUGUAGAGUUAUGGUUGGCUUUGGCCAGGUUGGAGACCUAUGAGAAUGCCCGUAAAGUCUUGAACAAGGCUCGAGAGAAUAUCCCUACUGACAGACACAUCUGGAUCACAGCCGCCAAACUGGAGGAGGCCAAUGGAAACACACAGAUGGUGGAAAAGAUCGUGGACAGAGCUAUCACUUCUCUGAGAGCCAAUGGAGUAGAAAUCAACCGAGAACAGUGGAUACAGGAUGCAGAGGAGUGUGACAAAGCUGGCAGCGAGUGGUAACGUGCCAAGCCGUUAUCAGGGCCGUCAUUGGAAUUGGCAUAGAAGAGGAGGACAGGAAGCACACGUGGAUGGAGGAUGCGGAAAGUUGUGUAUCUCAUGGUGCACUGGAGUGUGCCCGGGCCAUCUAUGCAUACGCCCUGCAGGUGUUCCCUAUGAAGAAGAGCGUGUGGCUGCGGGCUGCCUAUUUUGAGAAGAAUCAUGGAACAAGGGAGUCCCUGGAGACCCUCCUGCAGAGAGCUGUCGCCCAUUGUCCAAAGGCCGAGGUUCUGUGGCUGAUGGGGGCCAAGUCUAAAUGGCUUGCAGGUGAUGUGCCAGCUGCUAGGAGUAUCCUCGCUCUUGCCUUCCAGGCCAACCCGAACAGCGAGGAGAUUUGGCUGGCUGCCGUGAAAUUGGAAUCUGAAAAUAAUGAAUAUGAGAGAGCCCGAAGGCUGCUGGCAAAGGCUAGAAGUAGUGCUCCCACCGCCAGGGUGUUCAUGAAAUCAGUCAAGCUGGAGUGGGUGCUGGGGAAAGAUGAUGCCGCGCUGGAACUGUGUGAAGAGGCGUUGCGUCACUAUGAGGAUUUCCCAAAACUCUGGAUGAUGAUGGGGCAAAUCGAGGAGCAGAGACAGCAGGUGGAGAAAGCAAGAGAAUCUUACAACCAGGGGCUGAAGAAGUGCCCACACUCCAUCCCACUGUGGCUGUUGCUUUCUAGACUGGAGGAAAAGGUGGGGCAGCUGACCAGGGCUCGAGCCAUCCUUGAAAAAAGUCGUCUGAAGAACCCAAAGACCGCUGAGCUAUGGUUGGAGUCAGUACGUCUAGAGUUCCGAGCUGGGCUGAAGAAUAUUGCAAAUACCCUGAUGGCAAAGGCUCUGCAGGAGUGUCCUAAUUCAGGAAUCUUGUGGGCAGAAGCCAUAUUCCUAGAAGCCAGACCUCAGAGAAAAACAAAGAGUGUUGAUGCCCUCAAGAAGUGUGAACAUGACCCCCAUGUUCUAUUGGCAGUAGCCAAGCUUUUCUGGAGUGAGCGUAAGAUCUCCAAAGCACGGGAUUGGUUUCACCGCACAGUGAAGAUAGACUCUGACCUUGGAGAUGCCUGGGCAACUUUCUAUAAGUUUGAGCUGCAGCAUGGUACAGAGGAGCAGCAGGAGGAAAUCCAUAAACGCUGUGAAAAUGCAGAGCCACGUCAUGGCGAACUUUGGUGUGCGGUAUCGAAAGACAUUAAGAACUGGCAGAACAAAAUAGGAGAAAUUCUCAUCUUGGUGGCUUCCAAAAUAAAGAACGCAUUCUGA